CUCGGCUGCUGACUCAGGCACAGGGAAAACUCAAAGGGCAGUUCGCCUGCCUGCCUGCUUCCCGCCGCUCUCGGCAGGACGCGCGGGCGAGAGCGGCCUUGGACGCGCCCCACUCCGCCGCCAUGGGCCCCUCGCCCGGAGCGGGCGCGUGAAGCGGGCGCCCGGGAGACAUUUCUCGCACUCUCCGCCGCCGACCUCGAAGUUUCUCCCCGGACUUCGCCGCCUCGCUCUGCGGGAAGGGGCGCAAGGCAGCAUGACAGCCAUCGCAGUGCAGGCCCAGUGGUUACUCACCCAUAGAAGACGGACAAGAUCGUUUUUUGAGAUGUUCAUCAGGAGUCUGAUUAUCCUCUGCGUGGCGAUAGCCAUCGUCCUGUCCUCCAUUGCUGUGUGCGAUGGGCACUGGCUUUGUGCCAAGGGAAAGCUGUUUGGACUGUGGCACUUCUGCACAGUCGGGAACAAUAGCGCCCUGAAAUGUGCCACUGAUCUCACAUUGGCCAACAUUAGAGGGAUCAACGCAGGAAUGACUUUUGCAAGAAGUCUAGUGUCUUUUGCUGUCGUCGUCGCAAUCUUUGGCCUGGAACUUCUCAUGGUCUCCCAAGUCUGUGAAGACGUCAACUCCAGGAAGAAGUGGUCGAUGGGAUCAGUCCUCGUUCUUCUCUCGUUCCUGCUGUCAUUCACUGGAGUUUUGAGCUUCUUAUUCCUUCUGAGGGACUACAUCACUCUCACGGGUUUCACACUAACCUUUUGGUGUGAAUUCAUUUCUGCCUUCCUUUUCUUCCUGAAUGGAAUCAGUGGACUUCAUCUUAACAACAUCACAUUUCCGUGGAAUAGAAUGAGAAAAAAUUAAAGAGUGGUGGACAUUGAUUUCACCAGAUACACAGAAAAGUAAACUGAGGCCUUUCAAAAGGAGACCAAGUUUUCUUAGUGUACAUUAAGAGAAAACAUAUGAAAUGGAUGUCUCCAAGAUCACUUGAUAAUGGAUGCUGGAUACUGGAAGUUGGCUAUUAUAGCCUGCUUGGAUUUUGAAUGAUGUAACUCUCCACAGAAAUGGAAGAGCAAAAGACUGUUUUCCUUUGUUUAAAGCUCAUUCAUUUAAAGGUGGCCCAGUAAGCAAGCAAAACAAACUUGGUUUACUGGUUUUAAUGCUAUUUAAUCCUUACUGUAAUCUAUCUGGAGUUCUUAGAUUUAUUAAUCAAAAGUCCCAAUCAGGUCACAGUAAAUUAUGACUAACGGUAAUCUCAUUAAAACCAAUGGGUCAGAUUGUCAGGACUAAGAAAUCUCACUGGAGGUCAUACUCAGCAUCCAAGUGAGAAAAGGUUAUAAAUGUGCUUUGUCCUUUUCAGAAAACUUCAUGGUUUCAUUUUUGCAUAUCAACUGGGAUCAACAUUAGGAUUAUUUGUACUAUGCAAAAUGUUGGGAAUGCUAACUAGGGCCUCACCUCCAAAUUCAAAUAAUUUGCAUUUUAGCAUAACCUAUUCAAAAAACAUUAUACUGUAUGGGCUUUGCUCCUUGUUGUUUCUGCCAUGAGAGUAUAACUGAUUUAUAUACAAUACCAACAUUUCAACAAACCAGCUGUGCACUGUGGAAAUUAUUGUUCUCAUCUGAACUGUACCUCACAUGAAGCUUUUUAUGGUGGCAAUUCAGUUUCACGAGAUACAGGGCUUGUCUUGCAUCUCACCACAUUCCUCUUAACCACUUUCCAGGUAGGAAAGGAAGAGAUCUCAGGCCAGAGUGCAAGAGGUGGCUGGGCUGCCCUGGAAUGGACUUCAAUGCCUUUCCAGAUGUGGUUGGACUCCAGUUCCCAUCAGCUGCUGCUGCAGCAUGGCCUGUGGUCAGGAAUGAUGGGAGUUGUAGUCCAACAAUACAUGGAGGACCACAGGUUCCAGGUUUGUUCCAAUGACAGCCCAGCCACAUCUCCUACCUGGAAACAGGAUGGCUUUGAAGGGGAACCACAGGAAGGUACAUUGAUGGAGAUGGACAUAGACAACCACACUUUGGUCAUCAUGACAAAGCUGCUUGACUGAUUUGAAACACAACAAGGAGCCUAAUGAUAGUAGGUAUACUCUUAACAACACCAGCCAAAUGAUAAAAUAACACCUGCAGUAUUCAUUUGGUUCAGUAUACAGACGAAUGCCUCACACGAUGAAAAACUCGCAAAACAAAAGCGUUUUGCGAUUUCAAUGGAGACUUGCAAGACGAAGUUUCCUAUGGCGCGCUUUGCAAGACGAAUGUUUUUCGUUCCAUAGGGUGCCACGCAAGACGAAUCCCCCCCGUCUUGCGAGGCACCCUAUGGGAAACCGCACUUCAAUGCGUUGCUAUGGGAGCCGCUUCGCAAAAUGAAUUUUUCACUAUACGAAGCGACUCGCGGAACGAAUUAAAUUCGUCUAGCGAGGCACCACUGUAAGAGAUUUUAAAAGAAACUUCCUUAAGAUGUCCACCUUUAAUUUUGUAACAUUCAGGCACCCCUGUUGCUGGAGAGCAACACAGAGAAUCAAAAUGCUUAAUAUAUGGGUUGCAGUCAUCUCUCACAUGGCUGGAAUUUAUGCUAUAUAAUUUAAUAUUAUGUCUGAUUGUUAUUUCUUUCAUUCACAAAUAGCAAGCAUGGACCCCAGUCAUUUCUAUCUUAGAGUAAGCAUCUCUAUGAAUAAGUAUUAUUCUCCCUCUCCCUUUUUCUUCACAUGAUUCCACAAUCUCAUUAUGUGGCCAGAUGGGUUAGAAUGAUUUCAAUUAUAGAAGAUCCACAAUCCUCAUUGUGUUGGAGCCGAAGAGGUGAAUUGGGCAGCUUAGCAGCAACAAAGGCACUUUGCCGCAGAGAGGCAGAGCUAUCUGCCCAAUAUAUUGUUAAAGAGGUCUUUGCUACUCAGAGUUAAUGAGGGGGAAAAACAAGGCAAACUCUUCCCUAUGGGCUAGAGAUGAUCUUUCAAAACGCCAUCAGUCUAUGCAGUCCUCAGAGAACAGGAUGUAGAUCAGGGAAUGCUGUGCUAGCACUGCCAAUUUCACUUCCCUCUUCUCCAAAUCACAGGAAGCAAAGUUCCUGUUCUCUCUUUCUCUGAAGGCAGUCAUCCAAGCUGGGAGUGCUGUUCAAAUUCUUGUUUUUUUUUAAAAAAAAUUAUGCUUUGAUAAAAAUGCUUGGAAAUGUUUUUGUUUGGAUUUCAGGAGUGAUCUAGUGUAUAUCUGCUGGCAGGAUUGUUUUGAAAAUACAUCCAGGGACACACGUAACUACCUUCGUAGUUCUGUAUGGAUUGACAUUUGUUUCUUGGUGAAACGACAGCCGUAAUACCCUAAAGAACCGUUCACCCAGCGCAACCAUUUCGUGACCAGUCAAGAGAGAAGUUAUAUCCUCAUGAUCCACGAUGGCUUAACAGGGGUUGGUCAAGGUGGCUUUUAUGUGAAGCUGUUCCACACACCCGACCCCCAAAUAGCUGUCAAAAUGCUGAGCGGGUGGCACCCAUUUGUUCAUGAUUACGUUGCAGAAGUGUUGACCAAUUGUCCACAAAUGGUUCAGGCGUUCUACCAUUCAAAUGGUAGAAAGGGCUGAUGAACGCAAACCCUUAUCAGAAACAUGUGACAUGUGAACCGGGCCCUCAGAGAGACUGUGCUGUUCUCUAUUUAAGCACAGUCCUUUUAAAAUAAUGGACAAAUAAUGGCAACUGGAAAGAGGCAAUAUUGUGCCAUGGAUUUCAUUCAAGGGCAAUCCCAAACGUUUGUUUAGGAAACAUGAUGUCUUUUUCUUUGUCUAGUGAAUGAAGGACUUGUGGCAAGGCUUUGUUCCCCAUGGGCCUCCCUAGAUAAUCAUCUUGCAGCACAACAACUGUGCAAUUGUGACUAAUCUGCUGUGUAAGAGCCACAGAAGUGAUAGCUUCUCUUAAAUAAGCACAUGCGCUUGGGGGACUUUUGCAUCCCCCCCCCCAUCAUUGGCUGCUUCUUAAGAGUUUCAGCUCCAAUUUGAAAAAAAGCUCAACACUCCAACACUCCCUGAAGUACACAUCAUUCAGACUUUUCUAAAAUUGGCACACUAUGAUAAGGCAUCUCAUAUGCAUUAGGCGGGCCUGGGUAUCUCACCAUUUCCACUGAACUGAAGCUUUCAAGACUAUCCCAUGGAGGUUAAAACGCAUUAGAGACCCAUUUUGAGCUGACAAUCUGAGGGAGCCCUCCACGCCAUUCUAUAGCUGGUUCUUCUUAUGGGCGUUUGAUUCCAUUCCUAUUAAAGGCCAUUUUGUCAGUAAAGACAUGAGAGUGUGAUAGCAAAGGGGCGUGUUUGCAUGUGGUCUUUUGUCUCAAAUAAGUGUUGUUUUUUAUUAUGAAACCUGCAGCUUUUCUAAACUGUUUUCUUUUUGUAAAAAAAAAUGGUAAGAGAAUAUAGGAAGAAAUCUCAGAUCUGAAUGUCAAAUGUUCAAUAAACUACUUUGUGAAUUGCUA